CAGCAUAGCGCAAAACACGAAGUGCACGUGAUUGCGCGACGGUGCGUAGAGAACGCGUCGGAACGCGUUUGCGGUGGGGCGUAAUGAGAGACACGAACAAUAUCGCGAAUAGUAUCACGAAGGAUUCCACUCUUCUGAAUCAAUGGCCACUGAAUCGUCACAACAGAUUAUCCAUACCGACAUGAUCCUCUGUUCUCUUUUUCUCCAAAAUUGCGCGAUAGACUGAAAAUCGUCAUCAUUGUCAGAGUCAUCCAACCCACGGCUGAAGAUGCUGGAAAGUCACGGCUUGAUCGCCAUUCGGUCGUCUAGCGACAAAAGGUGAGCAUCCUCUUGGACGAUACAAUUUUCCCCGUCGUCUUUUUCUUUCAUGCUUCAUGCUGACCUUCAACAGGAAGCCGCUACGUACCUAUGGCCGGAAACGAGCACACCCAAGUAGCGAGCCUUCGAACUACCACACACCCAUCACGACCGAGAAACGGAGGAGGGUUUCUUCGGAAGAUCCAGAAUCAUCAACGCCCAGCGAGCUGCCUCCGUUACCUCCCCGUGCCUCUGCCCCUGCCUCGUCCAACAACUUCGAAAAGGGAUCCAUCCUCCAUUAUUUCAAACCAAGCCGCGCAAGCUCCUCCCUUUCUUCCUCCUCCAAUCUGUUUUCCGAUCCCCGCAAACUGGCUUCCACGCCACCUUCAUCCCCUCCACAAAGCGGCAACGUGCGCAGGAGUCCCCGAAGACUUCGCCUCCGACCACCUGAACCCGCCAAACUUUUCGUGAGUGAGGGCGGACGCGACAAAGUGGAAGACCGCGCGUAUCUACAAUUCGCAGAGCCGAAUCACGCAAGGACAUCAGAAAGUCGAGAGAGGGAAGCAGCAGUCGAUGUGGCGACACAAGAGGGCCUGCGACGAUGGCGACAAGAUCCACCAAACACAAGGAACGACGAUGCUGAAAGCCUGGCGGCGGGGGAUGCGUUGAAGAAGGGGACUACUGGCGGCAAAUCAAAACGGUCCAAAUCGUCACCGAUACAGACCACCAUUAACCUGUCGACGAAGCCGGCAUUUGAGGAGUGCAAGAUGUGUCACAUUGUGUAUAACCCGCUGCACCCCAAGGACGUCAGAUACCAUACGAAGAGGCACAAGGCCAUUCUGCGAAACAAGUCUCUGAGCUGACAACGCUGGGGGCUCGAUUCCGGCGUGCUUGACGAGACGAGACGAGACGAGACGAGACGAGACAAUGUUCGAUAUUUCACGGGUGAAGACAGAAGAGCAGAGGCCCACGGAGACGAGGAAGGAGAUACCCCUAGAUACCAUACUCAAUGAGAAAGAAACCACUGUUCCCACGACAUCCAUCGACGGACGCUGCUUCCACGGAAUAUA